GGCGGUGGCUGCGCCUGCCGGGCGGUGGAGAGGCCGCGGCCGCCAUGGGCGCCCCGGUGAGGCGGGGCUGAGCCCCCCGGACCCCUUUCCCUGCCCUGGGCCUGCGCGGGCCUCCGCCGCUCGGAGCGAGUGACUGAGCGCGGCGGCUUUCUCGGCGUGCGGGCCUGCGCCCCGCUCCGUCCUCGCGUCCCGGCCCCCUUCCUUCCCCUCCCCUCCCGGGCCGGCCCCGCUCGCUCUCCAUCGCCGGCGGUAACUGCAGCGGCGAAGCACCGGCGUCCGCCCCGCUCGGGGGCCUCCCCGGUGCUCGGGCUUUCUCUUCCCUCGCUGUCCCCCGCUCCACCCCAGCGCUCCCGGUGCUCCAUGUCGGCCCCGCUGCCCGGCUCCGCGCUGCAGGAUGGAUGCAGACGCUGACCGGGGAUCCACCCCGCCGGCCCAGCCUCCCAGCUCCGCCGCGAGGAGCCCUUGGGACCCUCCUCUGUUGCAGCUGCAACGGCAGCCGCGGCCGGGCGCGCUCCCCGCUCAGUGACCGGCCCUCGUCUCGCCUCCCGCCGCCGCCCCGCCGCAGCCGCGCUCCCCCGGGACACCAUGUCGGGGGACGCCGCCGGCAGCGGCCCCCCGGGCCCGCGCUUCCUGGUGCCGCCGCCGCCGCCGCCCAAGAAUGGCUCCAGCUCGGACAGCUCCGUCGGAGACAAGCUGGGAGCCGCCGAGCACGGAGCCUCCGGCGCCGGCGGAGCGGGCGGCGGGCCGGGGAACGGAGGCCGCAGUGAGGAGUACCGGCGCCGCCGCCACACCAUGGACAAGGACAGCCGAGGGGCGGCCGCCACCGAGCACCGCUUCUUCCGCCGGAGCGUGAUCUGCGACUCCAACGCCACGGCCUUGGAGCUGCCCAGCCUGCAGCCGGCAGCGCCCUCGGCCCCUGUCUCGGGAGGCAGCGCGGCUCCCUCGGUGUUCCCUGCCGAGGGCGCCGGCCGGACCCCUUACGCCCCUGUCAGCGCCGCCGAGGUCGACUCGCGGCCGCCGCCGGCCGCCCCGCUGCCCCUGGAAGGACAGACCGCUGAGGAGCCCCCGGCCAGCAAGGAUGCCGCCCCGCUGCUGCCCAAGGAGGAGGAGGAGGGAGAUGAGGCAACUGCGCUACCCCCUACCAGUGCCGCUGGCAGCCUGUCAGCUGCCAGCCGGGAGUUUGAGGAGCGGAGAGCACAGCAGGAAGACAUCGAAGAGCUUGAGACCAAGGCAGUGGGCAUCUCCCCGGAUGGCCGCUUCCUGAAGUUUGACAUCGAGAUUGGAAGAGGCUCUUUCAAAACUGUCUAUAAAGGACUGGAUACUGAAACCACUGUGGAAGUUGCCUGGUGCGAGCUACAGGAUCGGAAGCUGUCCAAGUCAGAGCGACAAAGAUUUAAAGAGGAAGCUGGGAUGCUGAAAGGGCUUCAGCACCCCAAUAUUGUCAGGUUCUAUGAUUCCUGGGAGUCUACAGUCAAAGGAAAAAAGUGCAUUGUUCUUGUGACGGAGCUCAUGACGUCUGGAACAUUAAAAACGUAUUUGAAAAGAUUUAAAGUGAUGAAAAUUAAAGUCCUACGAAGCUGGUGCCGUCAGAUAUUGAAAGGCUUACAAUUUCUACACACACGCACUCCUCCCAUCAUUCACAGAGACUUAAAAUGUGACAACAUCUUCAUUACUGGCCCCACUGGAUCAGUCAAGAUUGGAGACCUUGGCCUGGCAACCCUGAAACGAGCUUCUUUUGCCAAAAGUGUGAUAGGUACCCCAGAGUUCAUGGCCCCCGAGAUGUAUGAGGAGAAAUAUGAUGAGUCCGUUGAUGUGUAUGCUUUUGGGAUGUGUAUGCUAGAGAUGGCCACGUCUGAGUACCCCUAUUCCGAGUGCCAAAAUGCCGCGCAGAUCUACCGCCGAGUGACCAGUGGUGUCAAGCCAGCCAGCUUUGAUAAAGUUGCAAUCCCUGAAGUGAAGGAGAUUAUUGAGGGAUGCAUUCGGCAAAACAAGGGUGAAAGAUAUGCUAUUAAGGACCUUUUGAAUCAUGCUUUCUUCCAAGAAGAGACUGGAGUACGGGUAGAACUUGCAGAGGAAGAUGAUGGAGAAAAAAUCGCCAUUAAACUCUGGCUGCGAAUUGAAGACAUCAAAAAACUCAAGGGCAAAUAUAAAGAUAAUGAGGCAAUAGAGUUUUCAUUUGAUUUGGAAAGAGAUGUCCCAGAGGAUGUAGCACAGGAAAUGGUGGAGUCUGGCUAUGUCUGUGAAGGGGAUCACAAGACAAUGGCGAAGGCUAUCAAGGACAGGGUCUCUUUGAUUAAGCGCAAGCGAGAGCAGCGCCAGUCGGUGCAAGAAGAACAGGAGAAUAUACUUCAGGAAGAAGGUAGUCAGAAGCAGCAGCUGGAGCAACAGCAGCCAUCAAGUGCUUCCCAUGCAGGGUCAAAGCAUCCCCAGUCUGUCACUGGUACUACUCCUGUCCCCACUGCUUCAGCGUCGGUUUCUACACAAGUGGAGCCUGAAGAGCCGGAGGCUGAUCAACACCAACAGCUGCAGUUCCAGCAACCCAGUAUAUCUGUUCUUUCUGAUGGAACAGUUGACAGUGGCCAGGGUUCAUCUGUGUACACUGAGUCUGUGAGCAGUCAGCAGGCUGUGUCCUAUGGCUCCCAGCUUGACCAGUCAGUCUCAAACACUGGAGUCCAGGGAUACCCAGCUUCAGUUGGCCAAGUGCAGUCCCAGCAGCAUGGAGGAUACCAGCCACCUGCAGCGCCUCAGCAUCCUCGUGGGGGAACACCACCGUUCCCAGAUUCACAGAUAUUUUUCCCAAACGUUCAUGAACGGCCGGUGUCUUUCUCGCCACCACCUGUCUGCCCGCCGAAGGUGGCGAUUGCUCAGCGGCGCAAGAGCACUUCAUUUUUGGAAGCCCAAACUUGCCACUUCCAGCCAUUGCUGAAGACUGGCCAGAGUUUAGUUCCACCUGGUGGUAGUCCCACCAAUUGGACUCCAGAGGCAUUUGUCAUGCUGGGCACAGCAGCUCAGAGAGUCGCUGGAGAGCCUCUGCAUGUGCAAGUUAAUCCUGUGUUUGAGCAAGCUCCUGUCCACAGUGACUAUAGAUCUGGACCAACACCUCCAGAGGAUGCUCACUACAGGAUGCAUCCAGAAGCUGUAUAUUUGGUGGGCAUGCACUAUCCAUCACAGGUAUCGGAGCAGUAUGAUCGAGUAGCUUUUACCUCUCACGCGACCGAACAGCAUUUGAAGCAGGUCUCUGAGUCAAACCAUGGGCAAGGUGGUCCUCCACAAAGCUCUGUGUUCGACUUGCAAUCGGGGCAGACAUACCUGGCAAGACACGUUCAGAACCUGAGGCUGGAUUCUGGGGUGGGUCCCCUUUCUCCAUUAUCCAGUGUUUCAGCUCCCCUGAGUGCAGAGCCAGCUCAGAUGACGUUCCACCAGGUGUUUGUUCCGCACUCGGCCCCGGCUGUGCUCUCUCACAGUGCUGAUGGCAGAGCCAGCUGUGUCUUUGAGUUCCAUGUGCACACACAGAGCUCUGCUCCGGCAGAAGGGGCGGCUUUGCCCCCACGGGCCUACAGGAGUCGCCGGGGCUCCGUGGAGAGCAGCCAAGAGGAGUCCAGCCAAGGCGUAGGGUCGCAUGGUCGGCUGCAGCCUGUGACAGAGGAGCAGUGUAACUAUCUUGGUGCUGGGGUAGCGGGUCCCAGAGGGGGCUCUGCCAGGCGCAGCUGGCCAGAAGGAAGCCCAGAGUACUCCAGUGAUUCCUCACAGCUGACUUCCUCUGACACUGGUGAUUUCCAGUCUCCUCCCCCUACAGGGGGAUCAUCUUCUGCUUUUGGUUCAGACUUCUCAUUGCCCAUUGUUCAGCUGCCCCAGAAGGUGUUGCAAGAGUCGCAGCUCUUCAUCUGCUUCCCCCAGGGAGCCUCAACUCAGCAGGCCUUGUCCACCUCGCUUUCAUCAGGACCACCUGCAUCCUAUCCUCAGGUUACAGGAACACAGGUGCAAGGCCAGCCAGGCUCAAGCAAUGCAUCGGUGCCAUCCCAGCCCACUCAACACACUCAGCAGAGUGCACAGCAGCCAGCCUCUUCCCAACAGCCUGGACAAUACCAGCUGCAACAGCCCUCAGUUUCUGCCAGCACCACUCCUGCACAAACUGUCUCUCAAACUCAAACUUCACAGGUCAUGCCAAUGCCUCAGGCAGCAGCUGGGACACAGGGCUUCCCAUCUCGGCUGGCACCGCAGUACCCAGGGGACUCGAACGUUGCACCUUCCUCAGCUGUGGCCUCUGCCAGCAUUCCUUCUGCUGUGCUGUCCCCUCCCUUGCCCACAGAUGCAAUGGCCCAGUCAGGCUACCUUGCUCCUGUUGUGCAGCCAUACGGGGAGCAGAAUGUUUUAGUUUCCAUGAGCAGCCUGGGAGGACAGGUUCAGGUGCCCCAGCCUCCUGUGAGUUUAGCACAACAGGCCUCAUCUGCCUCCUCACAGCAGGCAGUCGUGGAGGGUACUCAGGGAGCCUCACAGACUGCUUCUUCAGAGACUCUUCCAGUGACACAGCCUGCUCAGUCUACCCCUUUGACUUCUUCUAUGGAUAGUGCACAUUCUGAUGUUGCUUCAGGAUUGAGUGAUGGCAACGAGAAUGUCCCAGCUUCUAGUGGCAGGCACGAGGGGAGGACAGCGAAGCGUCACAUGCGCAGGUCUGUCCGCAGUCGCUCUCGCCACGAGAAGACUUCUAGGCCGAAACUGAGAAUUCUAAAUGUUUCAAACAAAGGUGAUCGGGUAGUGGAAUGCCAGCUAGAGACGCACAAUCGGAAAAUGGUUACUUUCAAAUUUGAUUUGGAUGGUGAUAACCCUGAGGAAAUAGCUACAAUUAUGGUGCAGAAUGAGUUUAUUUUAGCAACAGAGCGAGACUCAUUUGUAGAACAGGUACGAGAGAUUAUUGAGAAAGCAGAUGAGAUGCUAAGUGAGGAUGCAAGCGUGGAGCCAGAAGGGGAUCAGGGCUUGGAGAGUAUGAGGACAAAAGAUGACAGCUUCUUCCCGGGGUCUCAGAAAUUAGAGUUCAAACAGCCAGAUCCUACAUCUUCCAUGCCACAAAGAAUAGGGGUUCCCUCUAGCUCCUUUACCCAGGUUGUUCAUUCUGCGGGAAGACGGUUCAUUGUCAGCCCGGUCCCUGAAAGCCGACUGAAAGAACAGGGCUUUUUCACAUCUGCUGCUGCUGGAGGAAACGAGACUUCAGAUGUGGUUGCAGCAUCUCCUGUUCACGGUCCUGGAAUGAAUCUCUCCCACUCAGCAUCAUCACUGAGCUUGCAGCAAGCUUUCUCUGAGAUGGGGCAUGCUCAAAUGACAGAAGGACCUAGCACAGCUCCUCCAGUGUUCAACCAAACAAUCCCACCAUUUCCACCUGCGCUUUCUACCAUGGCCGGCAGCGGUGCAACUCCUGCAUCUGUGCCUACUUCUUCAGUAUCUGUUUCCUCCAGCACUGGUGUUUCUCUUCCAGGAUCUGUUACUUUGCCUUCAGAAAAUGCAGCUCUUGGAGCUGCACCAAGCACAAGUGUGCCAAGCUCUAUUUCUCCACCUCCAGCCUCCCAGUCUGGACAGCAAUCGACAGGUGUUGCUUCCAGCGUGAGCGCCCCUGCUUCUUUCUCCUUAUCUGCCACGUCCCAGCCUGCUCAACCAGUGACUGCAGACAUUGCUCCCAGUAUCAGCACACCCUCAUCCUCAGCACUGCCAUCUGCCCAGGUUCCUGGUGUCACUGCUUUCGGUGCUGCUGCACCAGCUGUGACAUCUCAGUCUACUCCCCAGAUUGGGACUAGUAUGGCAGCACCACAGACGUCUGUUGCCCCCUCUCUGGCUCAGAACGUGGCUUUGCAGCUUCCCCAGCUCAGCAGCAGUGGCUCUGUGUCCAGUCUGGCAGAAACAACAGUUGUCAGUGCUCCACAAUCACUGCCUGAGAGUGGGAACUCUCUGGAUAAAUCACAUGCCUGCAAUGCAGCUGGCUUAUCUCUUCCAAUCUCUGCACCUUUAUCAUCCUCGAUUGCAUCAAGCAUAUGUGGUUCAGUCUCUCAGCCAGUGGUUCAUCCCUUACUUGUUCCAUCAGGAAUUACAUCAACACCUGUCCUACCCCAGAUUUCAGGUGCAACACCCAUGUUGCCCCAGGUUCCCUUACCUGGUGUCUUGCCACAACCAGUCACUAACUUGCCUGCAGUACAGCAGACUUUGAUCCACAGCCAGCCUCAACCAGCUCCAUUGCCCAACCAGCCUCACGUUCACUGUCUGGAGGCUGAUGCUGAUGCUCAGUCUAAGGCCCCUGGUAUUGAUGAUAUAAAGACCCUGGAAGAAAAGCUACGGUCUCUCUUCAGUGAGCACAGUAACGUGGGCACAGUGCAUCCAUCAGUGUCUCUGGAGACCUCUCUGGUGAUGGAAACAACAGUUGUUCCUGGCAUCCCAACCACUGCUGUUGCACCAACCAAACCCCUGACAUCCAUUAGCACUUGUAUACCUCCAAGCAGUUUGCCUCUUGGACCAACUGGCUUGCCAGUGGUGACUCCAGUUGCCACUCCUGGGCAGGUGAUCACCCCAGCCAGCUACGUGUCAGCCUCGAGCAGCAUUGCCACGGCAGCAGUGAAAGCAGGGACCUCUCCUUCAAAGCCCCCUCUCAGCAGGGUACCGGUGCUACCCAUAGGUUCUGACCUUCCGGCUGGCACUCCAUCCAGUGAGCAGCUGCCUCCUUUUCCAGGACCUUCACUAACUCAGUCCCAGCAGCCACUGGAAGAUCUGGAUGCUCAACUGAGAAGAACCCUUAGUCCAGAGACCGUCCCAGUGACAUCUGCUCCUGCCUGUUCUGUGCCCUCAGUGGCAUCAACAACGGUUACUGGGCCAGUGUCCACAGCAGCACAGUCUCUGAAGGAUGUUUUGGCAGCAGGUGAUGGAGAGACCAGUGCUGUGGCUGCAGCAGGAGCCAGUGUGCUGAAGAUGGGACGGUUUCAGGUAUCUGUGGCAGUGGAUGAUGUGCUAAAAGAGGGUGACAAACCUGAAACGAAGCCAGUGCAAUUUGAAACCACCUCCACUGAUUCUUCAAGCCUUUCUGGCAGCAGCCCAGAGAGCACGCUGGUGAAGCAAGCUGAGAGCAGGAAGAGUGGGGCUGUGGCUGCCACCUCCUUGGAUGUGGUGGAUGGCAUUGCUGAGACAGCUCCCAGGCUGUCACUGCCAGGAGAUGCUGCUCAGGCCACCAAGGUCGGGCGCUUCCAGGUGACGACGACCGCGGAUCAAGUGGGGCGCUUCUCCGUGCUCAAGGCUCGGGAUGAGGUCAGCUGUGCCCAGAAAGAGCCAGUCACUCUUCCUCUCUCCGUGGGCUUGGAACAAGUUGCUGCUUCAGCUGCAGCUCCCAAGAAAGAGUUGGAGUCAAGGCAGUCCCCACACAUGAAUGGUCCAUCCUCUGAUCCGGAGGCUGCCUUUCUCAGUGGGAUGGCUAAGGAUUUGGAUGAUGGCUCAGGGAGCCCAGACUCUGUCCAGCACCUGGGAUCCAAGAUCAGCCUCCCUGUUCAGAGCCUCAGCAACUCCUUCAACUCUUCCUACAUGAGCAGUGACAAUGAGUCGGAUAUUGAAGAUGAAGACUUGAAGCUGGAGCUCCGUCGGUUACGGGAGAAGCACCUUAAAGAGAUCCAGGAGCUGCAGAGCCGCCAGAAGCAGGAGAUUGAGUCACUCUACAUGAAACUGGGAAAGGCCCCACCUGCAGUAAUUAUUCCCCCAGCUGCACCCCUGUCAGGAAGGAGGAGACGACCUACAAAAGGAAAAAGCAGCAAGUCCAGUCGUAGCAGCUCCCAGGGACAUAAAAGCCCUCAGCUAUCAGGUAACCUGUCAGCUCAAAGUGCACCAUCAGUCUUGCCCCCUCAGCAGACCCUUCAUCCUCCUGGCAGUGUGCCAGAGACAGGGCAGAACCAUUUGUUACAGCCCCUCAAACCUUCACCUUCCAGUGAAAAUCUCUACUCUGCCUUCACCAGUGAUGGUGCCCUCUCGGUACCGAGCCUUUCUGCGCCAGGCCAAGGGACCAGCAGCACCAACACAGUGGGGGCUGCAGUGAACAGCCAGGCCCCCCAGAGCCAGCCCAUGGCCUCCAGCCGCAAGGGCACCUUCACCGACGACCUGCACAAGCUGGUGGACAACUGGGCCCGGGACGCCAUGAACCUGUCUGGCAAGAAAGUUGGCAAGGGGCACAGCAGCUACGAGGGCCCUGGAAUGGCAAGAAAAUUCUCGGCCCCAGGUCAGCUGUGUAUCUCGAUGGCAUCUUCCCUGGGUGCUACGCCCAUCCCUGCAGCAUCAGCUACCUCUUUAGGUCCCUUCAGCAAGGCCAUGUGCCCCCCGCAGCAGUACGGUUACCCAGCAGCCUCCUUCCCCCCGCCCUGGAGCGGCCCAGGGGGGCCAGCACAGCCACAGCUCGGCCAGUUCCAGCCCGUGGGGGCCACCUCUUUGCAAAGCUUCAACAUCAGCAACUUGCAGAAGUCUGUCAGCAACCCUCCAGGCUCCAACCUGCGGACCACUUAGCCACGCUCGGAGCCCCGCUGGCUGCGCCUGGGGACAGGAGCUGGGGAGGGAGAUGGGCCUCUAUCAAUACUAGUGCUGCAAUGAACUGGUAGCUUGCCAGACUGGGAAUGAAUUUCUCUUUUCCUACCAUUGCUGUCAACUCUGUAGCGGGAGUUUCCCCACACGCUCGGAAGGGGGAGGAGGAUGAUGAGCAUCCUUGUGAUGGGACAGAGCUUUUCACUGAGGGGCUGCUCUCGUGUGCAACGAGAGCUGCGAGGAGAAGCCCUGGGUCAGUUCAUACAGUCUUGCUGUAAAAUUUUCCUGGUGGGAGAGCUGAACCCAGCAUGAGGCUCUAGCAUGCUUCUCGCCUCUUCCUGGAGAACCAAGAGCAGGAAAAAGCUGUCCAAAUCCCCCUCCUCUCCCUCUCCCCAGUCAAUCGUAUCUGGCUCUGAAAUGAUGGGGCACACGAAUGGACUUGUGGUGCAGCCCAUGCUUGAUAGGUCAUUACUGCUUUAAGUAAGAUAUUAACAGCUUUGACUGCAGCAUUAGAGCAAUUUAAAUUGUUAAAAAAAAAUUUUAAAAGUUCCCUGCGGACAUGUACUUACCAUCAGUUUUGAUGUGGAAACACUGUGAUAUAUAAAUGUUGUUGGACAACAGUAGUUUAAAAAUGAGUGGAAUAUAGAGGGUUAAAAAAGUUAAAAAGAAAAAAACGGGAAAAAAAGCUAGCUAUAUCCUUAUACUUAUUGGAGACACUUUAACUUUUUCCUUUGUAUUUUCAUUGUAUUAGAUAAAUAAAUGUGAAUGUAAAAUUGUAUAAAUUAAUGUACUUGAAUACUUGUCUGUUCUCCCAGUAUGCUUGCUGGAUAUUUUAGUGCCUUGGACUUCUCUUGCUUCUGCAGUUUAGCGUCGUCUUCCCAGCAGAGCCCAGGUGGGCAGAGGGCGAGGUGAGGGCAGGGUGUGUGUGCAGGGGAGGGCACCGCGCGCGGCCGGAGCCGUUCUGGUGUGGGGAAACUCGUGCAGGCAGAGCUGAGGUGUGGGGUGACAGGGCCAGGUGGGCUGGGACAGGGGGAUGCAGGUGAAGCUAAAACGAGACUUAACCAAUAUUGGCUCUGGAGGCAGGAGGGCUGGGUCAGGAACGGAGAGAGGAGGGGAGAACGUGUGUCUUUGGGAAAGGCCCGACUUAAGAUGCAAUUUGACUCCACCUGCAAAGUGGUAAAGAUGUUUGGUCAGGAUGUGGCUUGAGGGAGAGGUGCCAUUGCUCGUUGGCAUGGGCUUGUCUGCUGGGAUUGCUUUUCUUACCUUUGUUUUUUUUGGUAAAAUUCAUUUAAGCCAGGAACAGACUGUCCUGGUGCAACGUCCAUUGCCGGCAAUGGAUGUACUUGAAACAGCCGGCAUCAAGAAGUUUCCUCUGUCUGUCUUGGAGGAUUUACAAUUUUGUUCACUCUUAACAAAUUUCAAGCUGGUACCAGGACUGUCACUGUCUGUCACUUGUCACCUCUUAGUACCUGUACUGUAUCUUCUGCUUUGGUCAUUCUCCCUUUUCCUAUUUAAGAAAUACUGGUUUCCUCUUCAAAGUCGAAAUAAUACCAGCCAGUAUUUAUGUAGUGCUGCAGAAAGCUGUGAAGGAUGAGGGUGCAGCUUUCCUGGUGCUUGGGAGCAGCUCACCAGCAUCCUGGAGGCUGGUGCAUCACAGGGUGUUACUUGUCCAUGUUUGUUUUAAUCUCAGAGCCUGUUCCCUGCUGGGGCCUUAACAGGGAGUUUUUGUGUCUGCAGAUGUUCUCACUCUUCCUUUUUCACAAAGAAACGAGAUGCUUUGUGCUCCUGUCCCUCGUUUUGCAGCAGUUGUGGCAGCAGGGCAGGCCCAGAGGAGAGGAGGGGCUCCAGGGGGAGCAGGAGAGCAGCGAGCCCGGGGCUGAGCCAGGCAGGAAUCUCUGGAAGGAUGGAUGGAUGGAUGCAGGGAAACAAGAGCAGGGACAGAGCUGAGGCAGUAAUGAGACAAGGGCAAUAUUCGUGGCAGAGGAGCUGGUCAGCUGGAUGCAGCACAUGGUUAUUUAAAUUUGAUCUAAUAAGUUUGAGGUCGUUUUUUCACUUAAUGUUAUGCAAGAACUGGUUUUAUUUACCAUUGAUUUUUUUUUUUUUUUCUCCCUCCCUCUCCUCCUGUGGAUGAAUAACUGAAGUCUAGAGGAAUAAACUAAUGCUACUGAACUGUUAAAUUAUUUUGUUUAAUAUUACACUUUGAGUAUCUUUUUCCACAUAAAAUCUGUUUCUGAAUUACAAGCGUUUUCUUUACAUUAUUUAACAAUGUACACUGUAAAAAUAAAAAUAAAAAAAAUAAAAUUAAUUGAAACUUU